GCUAUGUUCACGUGCUUCUAAUUAGAGCGAUCGAUAGAAGGGCAUUCAGGGUCAUUGCGGGAUGCUUCAAAAUCGGACCACCGUCCAUUCUUGCACAGAAUGUCACAUAUGGCUUGGAAACCCAACACUUUUGUGUAAGUGAGAUAGUGGUCGCAAUACGUACGAUAAUCUUUGGAUCAGUUGUGUGGAUCUCCCUUAGACGAAAAUACACCGACUGCAAUGUCAAUGCCAAAGCAGCGAUAUUCGUUUCGCGCUAUGAUUUUGAGAAGAGAGCUUGCCAAAAGGAAGGUUGUGGCCGAUACAUUAAGGCUAUUAGAUUACCAAAAGGACCUUGCACAGACAUUGCGUCAAGCGGUGGCCAGAGGAGAAAAAGAAGCAAUUGUGAAAAAAUGUCAGAAGCAGCCUGAAAGUCAGGUUUCUAAAUAUUUUACACAUGGAACUGAAAGUGAACCCCCUUACUGCAGAUCAUCUACACCAACAACAGGAUCGGGCUACUCCACCUACACGUACCAGUGCUCAGGCAUUGAGCAGAAACCUAAUAAUACGUCAAGCAACACUGCAACCGAGCAUAGUGAGAACGACGUUGAUGUUGUCUUUGGCGUUGAAGACUCCCAACAAGAAGGUGACUCUGUAAAGAUGUCAGGUGUAAAUUCGACUGUACCCGAGUUACCCCCAGAUUCACCACUCAGGACCCAAGUUCCUCGGGGGCUAGCAUUUGGACAACGCGUACGCAACGCAUGGCGACAAGCAAGGAACUCUUUCAAAAACGAACGAGAUUCGACCCUAUUUAACACCACUUCUGCUAACUCUCCAGGUGCACCAUUCCUUGUCCAAAAGUCCGCUGGAGAUGUGAACAUUGUUGACCAGGAGAGCAAUGUCAACCAACAAUCGACGCUUGAGCAUGCAGAUGACCAUGAAUCCCAGCAAAUGAAAAAGGAUGCUGGUAACACAGGUGAAACUCACCUACAGACAGACUUGCUCAUACGGCAUAACGCCGAUCAUUUGGUACAAAGUUUAAAGGAAGCAACUUUGCAGCUUGCUCGACGUGAUAUGGAGAUGCAGAGGUUAAUAACUGUAAAUGCCCAGUUGGGUGAACGUUACUGCCGUAUGCGGACCCAAUAUGCAGAACUAGCUCGUGAGCAGGCGCGGUUACGCAGGCGCUUCGAUAUACUUUUGGUGAAAGGCAUGGAUCAUGAUCACCUGAAAGCAUCAAAAAAUGACCUUGAAACACAGUUGGAUGAACUAAGGGGGCAGCUAGCGGCUGCCGAAGAACGCGCCACUCAGAAUGCCCGUCGACUGACUCGGGUUGAGGCUGAGGCCCGAGAGGUGGCACAAAACGCAACCACUGCUGAUGCCCAGGUAGCGCAACUCCGAGCGGAGUUGCAGCGAAAGGAGGCUCAGAUUUGUUCACUGACAUGCCGACGAUAUAUACACGCGGCACGGGAGAUGCAAACCCGCAAAAUCCAAAAUGAGUUGAUGGAGCUCAAGGGGAAUGUCCGAGUACUUAUAAGAUGUCACUCAACGCAGGAUUCGGAAUGCGCUUUCCGUUUUUUGACUGAUGAUACUAUGGUCCUAAAACCUGCAUCUGGAGCUGCUACAUGCUUGCCUUCUAGCAUACCUGGGGGACUACACGCCGUCAGAGCAUAUCGUAUAUUUCAACCUGGAUCAACGCAGAAAGCUAUCUUCGACGAAGUCAGUGAACUGGUGACAUCUUGCGUGGACGGCUACAGUGUUUCAAUUAUGGCCUAUGGACAAACUGGAACAGGCAAGACGUACACAAUGUUGGGCAUUCCAUCCGAACCAGGUGUCAUUCCGCGUGUGGCCCGUCACCUGCUGGUUCAAUGCCAUCAACGUGCGCCCUUGUGGACCUACCGCAUAAGUAUUGCAAUUAUACAAAUAUACCAAGAAAUGGUUGUCGAUCUUCUAGCCGAGCCCAACUCUCCCACAAACGCUGAGCAGCUAGGCCGUGUAACCAUGCAUGACAACGGAAGGCAAAUUCUGCUGCGUGGAGCGAGAGAAGUAGAAGUUAACACAGAGCAGGAGAUUAUUGAGGAGAUCAGAAAGGCUCGUCUACGUCGACAUGCAUCUGCUCUCUUACUGAACACAUCACCAACCUAUCUGCAUUUUAUUGUGAUUUUCCGCGUCCGUGGGGUCUGUCGGCUGACUAAAUUUGGUGCGCAUAUUAGCGAACGAGGAAUUUCUCAUGAAACACAAUUGCCGGUUGGUUUAUCUCCGACUUUGCCAAUUAAACAGGAAAACGUACCCAUCGUUUCUUCACGAGAUCAUGCAAAGCAGCAUUCGGUGGAAGAAAUCAGAGAAGGAAACAUUCCACUUGUCACGCAUAGCUUGUGCAUUCUUGGUGACUUAGCAGGUUUCGAUAUAUGGGGAUCAAAACAGAGGGACUUUAAUGCCGAAAACAUGAAUCAGCCGAAUGGAGUGGGGAGAUCAGCGAUGAAGCUAAAAUCGAGAAGCGAGUUAGAUUCUACCAUUUCAGAUACGAAGUCAGUCCAACGAAGUAACCGCAGUGUGAAAACAGGUGGAGAUAACGCCGACAUACUAGAGGCCAAUUUGUGCUAUUGGAACGACACCAGGGAUUUUUGAGUUACUGACGUACUGUAACCACAUUGUGAACCGUUUAGCCACACUCCAUUCCCCUUAUCAUCCACAGGCAUCUAGGUCGGUCACUUAUAACUUUGGCAAGAGUGUUCGAAGCAUUAUCUGUCUCCGAAUCAAGCCACAAGCAAGUACAUGUUCCCUUUCGUGAUUCCAAGUUGACCCAUUUACUUAAACCCUCCCUCACUGGGGACGCAAAAUGCCUGCUUAUCGUCACGAUCAACUCUGAAAGGUCCAACCUGGAAGGUACGAUGCGAAGUCUGAAUUUGGCCAGUAGGGCGUCGCUUGUGUGUUACGGAAAAGUCCAUCGAAAUGCGGCACAUCAAGGCGGUAUACGAACAGGCAUUGCAUCGCGGUGACUGAUGGGCUCACCGAAUUGAAUUUACCCGGUCAAACAGCAGCAGUUUUCCAAUGCGAAUAAACGUCAUACAUUAGUUUCGAGCGAAUUUAUGGUGCAUAAUUCGCAUUGCAUGAACCACUUUUGUACAACAUCCAAUGGAUUGUACCUUAUUUCAACUGAUUUCAGAGUUGAUAAGCAACUUUCAUGCGUC